GCUGACCAACCAGAGGAGAGGAGAGAGGACAGAUGGGACCGGCGACAGCAAUUGUCUAAGACAAAAACAUAGACAGGAGAGGGAAGAGGUGGAAAGAGAGAGAGAGAGGGAGAGAGAGAGGAGAGAGAGGGAGAGGGAGGGCAUCUACGGCAAGGGGAAGAGAGAGAGAGAGAGAGUGGUGCCGCCUAUUUCCGAGGAAGGAAGAGCAGCGGCAGACUCCAGCAAUCAGUGGGAGAAAGGAGACGGAGGAGGAGGAGGAGGAGGACGAAUAGAGAGGAGGGGGGUGGGGAGAAGGAGGAAGAGGAGGAAGAGGAGGGGGAGGGGGAAAGAAGGAGGUAGAGAGAAGCGAGGAGAAGGAGGAGAUGGCGGACAGCUUAGGCGCGAUAGCAGCGGGAGGGGCAAGGGCGGGGGAGGAGGAGACCGCGGUCGGGAUCGGGGCGCAGACUUCGACUUCUAGCGUCCGAGAGCGCGACGGCGUCGUUGAUAUUGGGACCGGCUGCGGUCUGGACAGCUGGCGCAAGGAGGUAUCCCUACCACGUGUCACUGUGCGAGUGCGGAGUCCCGCUGCACCUCUGGGACCCGCGGCGGCUAAUGGAGGAGGAGGAGGCGGAGGCGGAGGAGGAGGAGGAGAGAGUAGCCGAUCUGAUCGCGAUCGGGACCGUGACUACGAGUCGGACGAUGACAGCGACGGGAGCCGGACGGUUGAUGGCCUGUGUCUGCCGGAGAGAACCACCCCUCGCUAUUUCCUCGACGGCUUCAAGGGGUGUGAUUUGGCCUUUCAGCAGCAGCAGCUGCAUUCUUUCAGCUUCGAUGGGAGGUCUCCAAGGACGCCACGUGCCUCGUCGGGAUCGCAUGAUCGGGAACGAGAUCGUGCGUGGGCUGGAGGCUUGGGAUCGGCCGGGGGGGGGGCAGGAGGAGGGGGAGGAGGAGGGGGAGGAGGAGGAGGUGGGUCUGCAUGGUUGUCUGAGCUGCCGGAAUUGAACAACCUCAGAGGCGGAGGAGGAGGAGGAGGAGGAGGUUCUUCGGGUCAUCAGGAUGCUAAUCAACAGAGAGUGCUGACGGGGUCCCCUUCUAGAAGGUCUCUCGUUUCUACCCCCCGCGCUUAUCCCGAUUUUGCCGAUCAGCCCAUCGUAGCUGAAGCUUGGGAAUUGCUGCGCAAAUCCAUCGUGUACUUCCGUAAUUCGCCUGUCGGGACUAUAGCGGCCAUAGAUGCCUUUUCGGGAAAUGAUGAUGUCGUCAACUACAAUCAGGUCUUUGUUCGGGACUUUGUCCCAUCGGCGCUUGCGUUCUUGAUGAAUGGGGAGACGGAGAUUGUGAGAAACUUCUUAAUGAAGACACUUCGGCUGCAGGCGUGGGAGAAGAGGGUAGACUGCUUCACGCUUGGGGAGGGCGUCAUGCCGGCAAGCUUUAAGGUGUUGCACGAUCCGGUCAGAAAUACCGACACGAUGAUUGCCGACUUUGGAGAGAGUGCGAUCGGUCGUGUUGCUCCCGUGGACUCUGGGUUCUGGUGGAUUAUUCUUCUGCGAGCGUAUGGCAAAGCGACAGGUGAUAUGAGUCUGUGGGAGCACCCGGAUUGUCAGAGAGGCAUCAAGGAGAUCUUGAAACUGUGUCUGUCGGACGGGUUCGACACAUUCCCAACGCUUCUGUGUGCGGACGGAUGCUGCAUGAUUGAUCGGCGGAUGGGAAUUUACGGGUACCCGGUGGAAAUCCAAGCGUUGUUCUUCCAGGCAUUGAGAUGCUCGCGACAGAUGCUGAAACCUGAAGGUGGCGGCAAAGCGUUCCUCGAGCGGAUUGACAAGCGACUGGUCGCGCUGACAUACCACAUGCGCUCGUACUUCUGGCUCGAUCAUCAACAACUCAAUAGCAUUUACAGGUACCGGACGGAGGAGUACUCGCACACUGCGGUGAAUAAAUUCAACGUCAUCCCUGAUUCAAUUCCUGAUUGGGUCAUGGAUUUCAUGCCGAUGAAGGGCGGGUAUUUCAUCGGGAACGUGAGUCCUGCACGGAUGGAUUUCCGGUGGUUCGCGAUCGGGAACUGUAUGGCAAUCCUUGGCAGCUUGGCGACGCAUGAGCAGGCAGUUGCAAUUAUGGACCUCAUCGACGAGCGGUGGGAUGAGCUAGUCGGCGAGAUGCCGAUGAAAGUAUGUUACCCUGCGCUCGAAGGGCACGAAUGGCGGAUUGUCACCGGAUGGGACCCAAAGAACACCCGGUGGAGUUAUCACAAUGGUGGCUCCUGGCCAGUGCUGCUUUGGAUGCUCACGGCGGCGGCGAUCAAGACAGGACGGCCACAAAUGGCGAGGCGGGCAAUCGAGUUGGCAGAGAAGAGAGUUGGUCAGGAUGGCUGGCCGGAGUAUUACGAUGGAAAGCUGGGGCGGUAUAUUGGAAAGCAAGCACGGAAGCAGCAGACGUGGUCGAUCGCCGGGUACUUGGUUGCGAGGAUGAUGUUGGAAGAUCCGUCGCACCUGGGCCUUGUGAGUCUGGAGGAUGAGAAGAAGGGCAAGGCUCAGCUGACGAGAUCUGUGUCGUGGAAAUUCUAGUCCACAAGCGCUUCAGCAUCCGUGCCGCAUCCCCCGAGAAAUGCCGGCAAUGGGUCGAGAACACUUUGUGCACGGGAUGAUUGAUUGUUGGAUCGCUCGUCAUCGGCAACGAACAGAGUAAUUGAAGUGGAUGGAAUAAGUAGCGGUUGUGUGGAGAAGAUCAGCGGCGUGCUCAUGGCUAUUUCAGCCGCUUUCGCGCGCGUGUGUGUGUGCUUGUGUGUGUGUGUGUGUGUGUGUGUGUGUGUGUGUGUGUGUGUGUUCCGAAUGGAGAGGGAGAGUGGGAGGUGGAGGGGGUGGUGAUGGGUUCGCCAUUUGCCAUCUACACCUGUCCAGCAGCAUUUGGGUUUGUUCGAAAUGGAGAGGGAGAGUGGGAGGCGGAGGGGGUGGUGAUGGGUUCGCCAUUCGCCAUCUACACCUGUCCAGCUGCAUUUGGGUCUGUUCCAAAUGGAAAGGGAGAGUGGUUGGUAUUGUGUGGGGAAGUAUGGUGGCAAGUCAAUCUCCACUGCUGCAGAGUUAGGUUGAGCUAUAUAUUGCGUGUAGCUUUUGCGAACCUCGUAGAUUGGUGGGGGGUCUUGACUUCAGCGCUACGUUAUUUAUUCCAUGCAGCUUCUUCAAACCUUGCAGAUUCGAGGAAUCUGCAUUGAUUCCAGGUCUUGUGAUUUGGGUAUCCCUCAGGAACCAUUUGACGAAUCUGCAUUGAUUCCAGGUCUUAGGUCUUACGAUGUGGGCGUCAGUUUUAGAAGAUACAAACCAUUUGGGAAGUGCGAACUUGGCCGAAACAGGUCCACAGGGAAAUAGUGGCAGGUUGGGGGUGAGGGAGGCAGAGGAUAAGCGGAUAAACCGGCACACUCUCUAUCCGUGGGGGAAUGUGCGCGGCAACAAUGGUGUUUAGACUCUUUAGAGUGUCGUCGACGUCGGAAAAUAGUCAAGUGUCUGGGGUGAAGGUGGUGUUGUUAGGAGGUUUCCAUGGGCUGAAUAAUGGGAGGUCGCUGCAACAGAAAUGGGUGUGCGGAAUGUUGGACUCCAUUUGCACAGACAGUGUAACAGGUUGUGACAGCCCAAAUGGGUCUGCAAUGUCUCGC